UUCUUGGCUGGCCUGGACUAUAAUUAUGUGGAAAUUUACGCGUUUUCUGUUCAGCGGUUGUUUUAUUCAGUAUAGUUAUUCAAAAUGGCGGCUAAAGGCGAUGCGCAACGAGAAGAAACAAAGCAUCCUCCGUGCAGUAUAAGCCUUCUCUGCUUGACACUGCCGAUCGAGAAAACUGGACACAAGUACAAGUUCAAAAUGGCGGAUGGCGGGCUUACUUCUCACGCGCUUCAAAGAUUUUCCGAACUAGAGGAACUCGCACAAGAAAUAAUGGAAGACAAGCACCAGAUUGUAGAACUUGAUAAGAAGAGAAAUACCAACAGGGAGGCUCUGCGGGCUCUGAAGAAAGAAGAUUCAAGUGGAUUAAAAACUUCCAAGUCUUGGGUGUGUUUUGGAAGUAUGUUUCUAAAGCUUCCAAGCUCUAAUAUACAAUCAAUGCUACAACAAGAUCAAAAAAACUUAGAUGAGGAAAUAGGCAGACUGAGGAAAGACCUGAAACCAAAAGUAUCAAAACUUCAUGAGCUUGAAGGAUUACCUGAAGUGAAAGGAUUUGACCUUACUGCAUUGACACAAGAUGAUUUACAGAAUCUAAAGCCUUAAUAAGCAUUGAAUGACCAACUCUUGGAUUCUGAAGUAUUCAUGCAUGAUCAAGCUAUGAUCAAAAACGAAUAAACAGCGCAGAGGUUUUAAGAACUUUUCUCAUAAUCUGUGAGGGGUAACAAGGCUUCUAUGCUGAGUAAAACACAAGACAGUUUUCUUCCUGUGAAGACGAUAUGAAGACUGCAGCAUGACACGUGACGCCUGUAGAAAUCAAGUGCAAGGAUCCUGGCUCGUGCAGAGAGAAUCUUCCAUCUCUCGUAAAAAGCCGGUAGCAGAGAAUAGACCAACGAAAGGCUAUGCUUAUUUGGUAUUUCAAAAUUUGGCUCGUGAGUCUGCAAGGUUGCCACAGGUCAGGAAAUGGUCAGGGAAAAAACUUCUUCAAAGUCAGGGAAAAGUCGUGGAAUUUCAUUUUGAGUUACGGAAAAUUGAUAUUUUGAAGAAAAAUCAGGGAACACUGAAGUAAUUAACAUGACUGAUUUUAUACCAUUGAAGGCUGGAAGAAACAUUUGGGGUCACUGUGAUCUCAAGGUUAUUUUUCCUCAGUGAAGAAGGAAAAUUUGUUGAAAACUUAUCCGUCUUAAUGAACGAAUGGAAUGGACGGCUGUAAUUUCACGUUAGAAGCCGCUACUAGAUCUGACAUUUAGUAUUUAUUUGUUCAGGAAAAUGCUAUUUUUAUCAGGGAAAAGUCGGGGAAUUUUGAAAAGUGAUGUCUGUGGCUACCAUGGUUUGCAUGGUUGCGUUAUAACCUUUUUUACUUCUGAUUAAAGAAGAUAUAGAAAAACAGUUUAAAAGAAAAAUACACGCUAUAACAUGUCGUUUGGGAAUCAUCUUGUCGUCAUUAACAAGAUGAUGCCAAAACGUCAUGUUAUAGCAUGUAUUCUUCUUUCGAAACUUCAGUAAUAUUGAAACACAUCACAAACACCAAUUAAUUCAAAAUCACUAUGAUAACAAAAUAUUUUAUUUUUGCAUUUGUUGGCCAGAGAAAGCAUGGUGUUGCACAUUUUCGAAACCUCCGCUUCCGACUAAAAAACUAAUCAUUAUUUAACA